CCGGUGAUUUUGUGCCAGUGCUAACUGUAGUAACCGUUAAGUGAGUUUUGAAUUUAAUUCCAAAUACAAAUUAAAGCAGUUCGAAAUUCAAGUGUUUGCUUGGUGUUGAUUGUGAAGCGACUGAUUAUAUUUUGGAGGUGUUAAUUAAAGGACGCAUUGGAUGUUUAUAUUUUAAUCAUGAAACUUGGAUGAAUGAAACGGAUUUUAUUUGCACCAAUAAAUCGCCAAUCAGCAUGUAUUCGGCCUCGAAUACUAGUUUUGUGCACCGGUGAUGGUCAACAUGCGGUUUAAACACAGCUGUCAAACAUGUGUGAACUGAUCGGACCAGUGUAACGUGACCGCAGACGUGCGCGCAGCAAUGGCGCGGAAAACAGGCAUCCUCGUCCUACUGUGGAUAGCAAUUUUCCCAUUGUACCGAGCGGAUAAUCUUGAACUGCUUCUUGGCACGCUUCGAACCCACCAAAAAGCCGCCUGCGACGAGGAAAUGGUGUCCCUCAUAUGUCCCCGCGGCACCACCAUCAGCAUCCAAGUAGCGCAGUACGGGGCAUCAGCGUCCCAGGGUUCCUGUGCCUCGGAACUGGCGGAGUACCAGCCGGUAGCUGUGGAGGUGGUGGGGGAGACCAGUUGCUCAUGGCCUGCGGCGCUGCAGUAUUCAUUGUUGCAGACGGUCGUGGAAGCGUGUCAGAAGAAGCGGCAGUGCAAGUUCCAUACCAGUCCGAAAGCCUUCGGAGUGGACCCGUGCCCGGGGAGGAGGUUCGUCGAAGUGGCCUACAAAUGCCGUCCUUACGAGUUUCGCAGUAAAGUUGGUUGCGAGAAUGACGUUUUGCAUCUCAGUUGCAAUCCGCACUCAAGAGUAGCGAUUUACUCCGCUCAGUACGGGCGCACCGAGUAUGACUCCAUACAGUGUCCGCAGCCAAGAGGAAUGAAGGAGGAAACAUGCUUAGAGCCCUACGCGACAGAAACAGCGAUGCGAGAGUGCCACGGGAAGAGGAGAUGCGUGUUGUCCGCCGAUAGCAACAUGUUCGGCAAGCCCUGCAGAAUGGGCAGCCGGACUUACCUCAAGGUCGUUUAUACCUGCGUGCCCCGGACGGUUUUGAAGGAGCGGUACGAGAGUGCUCCCGAGGAGGACGAGGUUGCUCACGACGUAUCGGAGCUCGAACAUGACGAUGUCGAUGAAUCCAACGACCGAUGGUGGGGGGAGUCAGCAGUACCGCCCGCGCCGGCGGUGGCUGCCGUGCCUCCGCGACCCUCCGUGGCCACUACUGCCAAUGUCACUAGCAUCGUUAGAAGCGAGCCCGCGCCUUUUCCCAAACCUGGGAAAGAUGGUACACAUGAUGAUACAUUGACCACCAUGUACGCGUACAUCAUUGCGGGAGUGGCCGGCGCCAUGUUGCUGUGCGCUGUCGCCGUGGUGGCGCGGUGCGUGCUGCGCAAGCGCGGCCGCGACCGCCCCAAGGGCCCCGACGUCUCCGCCAGUACCGACAUCCCCAACGGCUUCAACGACAGCAUAUCAGAGGUCGAUAACGACAUCAACAUCACCAGCCUAUCUGUCCCGGUCGAUACCGUCGAUUCUGGCUUGAAGCCAGAAAUGCAAUUCACCGACGUUGCUCUCAGUCCGAAAAUCAAUCGGUAUGUCGGCCGACCUGUGCCUAAUACCUACCCUCACGUCAGCACUAACAUGUACGGGCAGGUUGCCGAAUUCCCCAUAGAAAUGCCUCUCCGAACUAUGCCCCACGGCACGUUAGGUCGCGGCGUAGCGGUCAAAACACUGCCUCGCGUCCAAGUGCAAAACGAGACGGACCCUAACACCAGGAGUUUAUAUCGAUAUUCCAACGCCCAGUACUACUUUGGGUGACAACAAGAAAAUCAAGGUACAGACGUAUCUAGGACUUAUUGUUUUUAGUGCAAUGUAGUGAAGUGAAUAUAGGACUUAGUGGAUUAUGAACAAUGUCCUACUUUUAACACUGUGAUACUGUGAUAUUAAUAAAAGAUCUUUCAUAAUAAAUGCCACAGAUUUCUGUAAAAUAUAGUACCUAAUAUGAUGAAAUGCGUUAUUGUAUCGGAAAGAUAUUCUGUCUAGUUAAUUAAUAUGGAGAGUUUACUUGUGAGAUUACUUCUUAUAUUUAGAUGAGGUUUGCAGUUGUAGUUUUGAAUUGAGUUUAUUGAUAAUAAUGAUACGUGUUUUACCUAACUGAUCGAUGACAUUAAUUAUGUAUUACUUGUUUACCAUUUACGUUCAAAACAACCUCCACCGAAUUUAGAUUAUUACUUCGUGAACCCAUUUAUAUUUUAUUUACAAUCUCUUGAAAGUAGAUUUAAGAUAAACAUUCAUUAUACGUUCGGCGCAGAAAGCUUACACGUGUCGUAGUAAAGAGUUCGGGUACUUCCUCAUUAUUUUCUACUUUUUUUAUGAUCUGAUAUUUCGCAAAAAACUGAAUUUUUGCCUAAAUAUAUUUUUUCUACGUUUGAAUAACUUCUUUGUUUUCAAGUUAAUUUCAUUAUGUACUAAGUUGAUAGCGUUUUUGAUAGGUGAAAGAUCAAAUCAAAAUAAGUAAGUAAGUAAGUAAGUAAAUACUUUAUUGUACAGGAAAAUAAUACAGCACAUAAUAUUUAAAAUAAAAAGUUUCAGUACAAAGGCGAACUUAUCCCUUCAAAAGAAUCCCUUCCCUUAUUCCUUCCCUUUAUUAUAAGAUUCAGACCAACCGUUUAAAACAGAAUCUGUUUCUCGGGUUGAGACGGAAUUUGACCGAUAAAAACCCGAGUAAAUAUAAUUAUUAGCCACAAAGCACAAACCACUUUACCGCUCGAAUAUUUCCUUACUAAACUCACCCUAUCGUGCUCGAGGUUACCAAUUUGUAUGGAAAUGUACUCAACCGGUUAAGAAGGUUCUAGGCAGGGCGAAGCUUUGCUUAUAAUAUUGUAUCGACCUCACUCAUAAGAAAAUGAAAUCGCAGCCCCACAAUCGUUAGCUAGGAACUGGAUUUGAUUCUAUUAUAGUAUGUGUAUAAUUGGUUUUUAUCUUUAUAUCGACUGUAGUUAUUCAAAGUGGUUUGAAUAAACUAAGAUUAAGUAUACUUCGUGGCCUUUUACGGCCAUUAAUAUGAUCGUUUCGGGUACUCUUCACAGUAUGUAAGUAUCUAACUGAUACAGAUACAAGUAAUACAUUUAAUGUUAUCGAUUUAUCAUAAGGUAGGAAUGAAUGAGCAAUUCUGUUCAUAUGGUACUCUAGUUAAUAAUUAAAAAAAAAUCAAUACCUCGAUUCUCGAUUGAAAUUAUCCCUAGUCGAGAUUGUCCCCUGUACCUUACAAUAAGGUACAGCGGGGCAAUUUUGACUGGGGGACAAAUGCAACCGAUCCAUUUUUUUCCAUGUUUUAAAGUGUCAACUGGUUGUAUAUGGCACGAGUAUUGAGUGGAUACAUGUGGAACUGAACUUAAAAAAAUGGAUCAGUUACAAUUGUGCCCCAGUCGAGAUUUGCCCCAUUGUACCUUACACAGUUUUCUAAUAUCCCGUCGUACUCGUACUCCAAAAGAAGAAUAUUAGCAGAUUGUGUAACAAGGCAGAAAAAUAAGAUGUUUACUGCAGUAAGUCUAUAUGCAUUCCAUACAUACUUACUACAAUUUUCUUUUCAUUGACAGACGAAGAUACAAGUUUUUUAAAAGUAGUGACGAUUUGCGUAGGAAGGCUAUUUAUAGCAGUAGGUACGUAUAAAAAUGAUGUCACUUCAAACUUCAAAUCUGACGUUCUCAAGUAAAAUGUACAAAAUCGUCGCUUUCCAUAAUUAAUGUGCUCGUAUCUUUAAGCGAAUAGGCUAGUUUCCUAUACUUAAAAGAAAAUAUUUUAUGCAGUACACGACAGUGCUUAAUGUCGUGUACUAGUAAAUAUUAUGCGACCUGUUUUAGUAGUUCCCGACAUUUGCGUUCGGGUGAUACGUAAUGCUAGAGGUGAUGGUGGAUUUCUCAGAGUGAUACGUAAUGCCAUAUUACGUGUUCAAGUGAUAUCACAUUUGUGAUAUUACUCGCAUUACUUACACAUGUCUAUUAAGCACCACAUAAUUAGAAGAAAAAUAUGGACAGUAGUUAUUUUUAAACAUAAUAUCUAUUAAUAAGUCAAAGAGAAAGAUAUAUUAAAAUAAAGUAAAUGAAUUGACCGUGACGUCACUCCUCAUUAUUUCAUACUAAUUCCAUAAUAACAAAUCGUUUUGACAGUUUAUAAAAAGAAGCUGAUUUGACUACUAGGAAACUAGCCUGUUACACGGUAGAGCGUCUUUAAUCUUGUGCCUAAUACAUUUGUCCUACCCAUAGGAUAUAAACCGGCGGUAUGUAUGUCCAGGAGGUUAAUGUUCUUAGGUUUUUGUUUAAGAACGGUAUAAAUCCUAAUUUCCACUAAAUUAAUGCCACUGUUGAUCUGGACAACUUAUCCUCGUAGAGAUCUUUGUGAGAUUACAUUGUAAAUCACUGUCUUAUAGAAAACUAUGUUUUGUUUAGUAUAUUGAAGAGACUCGAUAUCAUUGUGGAAUAAGAUUGUGACAAGGACGUGUCUUGCAGUUUUGUAUUUAAAACAUUUAGGCCCACUUGCACCAAUCACUUAACUCAGGGUUAGUGGGCUGUCAUCUGUCAAAUUCCAUAUAAAAUGGUGGCUCUAUUUUUGUUGGUGCAAGUGGCCCUUAUCCUGAUUAAGACCCAGAGCAAUAAUAAUUUUGAAGAUUCUUUGAUUUCUAAAUAUAAAAGUUCAAAGCUCGAAUAUAACUUGCAUAAGCACGCGAGGACUUACGAGGUUAAAAUAGCAUGGAAUUAUGUACUAAGGUACAGUGGGGCAAAUCUCGACUAGGGGCAAAUGUAACUGGUCCAUUUUUUUCAUGUUUUACAAUGUUUGCAUUAUUAAAUAGAGUGUCCACCGGUUAUAUACGGUAGGCGUGUUCAAUGGAUACAUGUAGAACUCAACAUCAUAGUGUAAUAAUGGAAAAAAUGGAUCAGUUAUAACUGCCCCCCAGUCGAGAUUUGCCCCAGUGUACUUUAUACGAACUAUAGCAUGCAUCUGUAACACUGAUUGUCACAAAUACACGUCAUCUUAAGAGCAUGUCCAACAUUGUUGUUAGCGGCGGCCAUUGGAACUACUUUGAUACUAAAAUUUAACAUGGAUCAGCCCACAAAAUGAGCGAACAUAUUCGAACAUAGCGAAUAAUAUUCGAAUAUAAUUCGAAUAAAGCGUCGUCGGGCAUAUGAUUAUGAAGACGAAGAUAUUCAUUUUGUAACAUGGGUUGUAACAUCUUAUCAAAAAAAAUAGGUAUCAGUUGGAUGGAACUACAUAAUAAUAAAGUACCAAUAAGUGGGAAAGUAUCGUCAUGUGGUACACAAUGGCUCUAUUAAAAAAAUGACUGAUAAUUAAAUUACUAUCUAGAACACAUUAUUUGAUACUUUAAGUAUAAAAUAAGCUCUGUACAGAAACUUUUUAUGUGGUACAUCGAUUAAUAAUUAAAUUAUAUGCACUAAA